AUGGCAGGUGACAUACCACAGCCAGGUACCCAAAAGCCAAAGGUUAACAACAGUAUCCCUUCCAUCCUGGGCCAUAGCUCCCCAGACAACAUGGCCGCUGUUCCGUUUGCGCCUGCUCCUGCGAGCCUAGGAAAUAGGAAGAGGAAGGCGGAUGAAUAUCCAGCUGGGGAGAGCGGGACGCAGAGUUACGAUCCGCAUUAUCCCCAGUAUAGUCCAAGGAAACGCUCGUCGGGCCCCAUUGUUCCUGAACCCCUUAUCCUCGAUCCUCCUGCCUCCUCUCCAGCACUUUCUGCACCUCAGCUGUCGCUUCCAGAUAUACCAGAAGUCAUCACUAACGAGUCCCUUGAUGCUCUUCUUGCUUCUCUUCUGCCUCCACUACUCCCUCCUGCACCUUCUUCGAUGCUUUCUGUACCUCAGUUACCGCUUCUAGAUAUUCCAUUGGGGGGGUUUCCCUCUUUCGUCGAGCCCGAAGAAGACAUCACUAAUAAGACCGUUGAUGCUCUUCUUGCUUCUCCUCUGCCUCCUGUUCCUUCUCUGGCGCUUCCUUCAUCUCAGCUGCCGCUUUCAGAUAUACCACUGGGGGGAUUUUCCUCAUUCGUCGAGCCGCAAGUAGACAGCACUGAUGAGUUUCAUCUGCCCCCCCUACUCCCUCCUCUUCCCCCGUCGCCUCUUCUUCGUCCUGUUCCUUCCGACCUAUCCGUGCCUCAGCCUCUGUUGCCAUGCCUACCUUUGGGGGCCUUCGAAUCUUCCCUUCAGUCACAAGAGGAGGAGGUUCCUCUGAAAGUCAUUACGUCUGUCCUCCACUUAGGAGAGGAGGCGGAUCCUUUGGAGGGCUGUGUAGCUCCCGCCCAGCUACCAGAGGAGGCUGCUUCAGCAGGGGAAUCCACAUCUUUCAUCCAGCCACAUGAGGGGGAAGUUUAUGUGGAAAGUUUCGAAGUCUUCCCCCAGCCACAAGAGGAGGAGGAGGUUCCUUCAACUCCCCCUACACCUGAAUAUCCGCAGGGACAACCAGACGCUGCUACUGGAGCCUUUACAGCAGUUUUUAGGUCGGUCGUAGACCCAGCGAUUAUCGUGGCGCAGAUCGAAGAUAUUGUGAGGAGGACAACAGCCGCAUUCGCAGGCUGGUUGACAUACCACAAAAAUUGUCACAGCGUAGAAGUCUUCAAGGCUGGAAGACUAGCAGAGGGGGGGAUGGAGUGGAUCUUUGACUGUGAACUGUACUUGGAAGAUGAGUUUGUGAUGGAUACUCGAUGCGACUUCUCCGCCAACUCUAAAAUUUGA